ACGCGCGGGCCGGCCGGGUGGGAGCCCCGCCGAGCGCAGCAGCUGGCAGCGCCGCGCGAGCGCGCGUCUCGGGACUGCGGCGGGUGCCGCCCCCUCGGCCGCCGGCCCCGCCCGACCCCGCGCCGGGCCCCGGCCCUCCGAGCGGUGUCUUCCUCCUUCCCUCCUUCCCUCCGCGUUCCCCGCCCCGCUUCUCCUCCUCUUUCUCCUCCCGCUCCUGCUCGCUGGGUCUCCGGCUCCGGCACCGGCUCCUGCUCCUCCCGGCCGCCCGGGGCCAAGGCGACGUGAGGUUGUAAAAAUCCAUGUGGGACGGCCCCCGGGCGAGCUACGGAAAGGUCUCUGAGUGGAGUUAUUUUCUGGUACAGACUGUGAAAAGAAUGCAGUGAAAAUUCUGGACAAUCGUGGAAAUAUUAGCUCAAAUCCCAACUUAGUAUAGCAUUUCUUCUCUUUAGUAACACCUCAUAAUAGAAGAAAAAUGUAUGGAAGUGCAAGAACAAUCACCAAUCUGGAAGGUAGUCCUUCCAGAUCACCUCGUUUGCCAAGGUCUCCUCGUUUGGGCCACCGAAGAACAAGUAGUGGGGGAGGUGGAGGAACAGGCAAGACUCUGUCUAUGGAGAAUAUCCAGUCCCUCAAUGCAGCCUAUGCUACGUCUGGACCCAUGUAUCUGAGUGAUCAUGAAGGGGUGGCUUCAACAACUUACCCAAAGGGCACCAUGACUCUGGGAAGGGCUACAAAUCGAGCUGUAUAUGGAGGCCGUGUCACAGCCAUGGGGAGUAGUCCCAAUAUUGCUUCUGCUGGACUUUCCCACACAGAUGUCCUUUCAUACACAGAUCAACAUGGUGGUCUGACUGGCUCAUCCCAUCAUCAUCACCACCAGGUCCCCUCCAUGUUGAGGCAGGUAAGAGACAGCACAAUGUUAGAUCUUCAGGCCCAGCUGAAGGAACUGCAGAGAGAGAAUGACCUCCUCCGGAAAGAGCUCGACAUCAAGGACAGCAAGUUGGGAUCUUCCAUGAACAGUAUUAAGACAUUCUGGAGUCCUGAGCUUAAGAAGGAGAGAGUCUUGAGGAAAGAAGAGGCAGCACGGAUGUCUGUCCUCAAGGAGCAGAUGAGGGUUUCCCAUGAAGAAAAUCAGUUACUGGAUGCCAGAAGAACCAAGCACCUACAGUUGACAAUCCAGGCCCUUCAAGAUGAGCUGCGAACCCAGAGAGACCUCAACCACCUCCUUCAGCAAGAGAGUGGCAACCGAGGAGCAGAGCACUUCACCAUCGAGCUGACUGAGGAGAACUUCAGGCGGCUCCAAGCCGAACAUGACAGGCAGGCUAAGGAGCUGUUCCUUUUGAGAAAGACAUUAGAGGAAAUGGAGCUGAGAAUUGAAACACAGAAACAAACCCUCAACGCCCGAGAUGAGUCGAUUAAAAAACUUCUUGAGAUGUUGCAAAGUAAAGGCUUGCCGUCCAAAAGCCUGGAGGAUGACAAUGAGCGAACGCGGAGGAUGGCAGAGGCUGAGUCUCAGGUCAGCCACUUGGAAGUGAUUUUAGACCAGAAAGAGAAGGAAAACAUACAUCUUAGAGAGGAAUUGCACCGAAGAAGCCAACUUCAGCCAGAGCCAGCCAAGACGAAGGCUCUCCAGACUGUCAUUGAAAUGAAGGACACAAAAAUCGCUUCAUUGGAGCGAAACAUUAGGGAUCUUGAGGAUGAGAUCCAGAUGUUAAAAGCCAAUGGUGUGCUGAACACUGAGGACCGUGAAGAAGAGAUCAAACAAAUUGAGGUUUACAAAAGUCACUCCAAGUUUAUGAAGACCAAGAUUGAUCAGCUGAAGCAGGAACUUUCAAAGAAGGAGUCAGAACUUCUUGCCUUACAAACAAAGCUUGAAACUCUUAGCAAUCAAAAUUCAGAUUGCAAGCAACACAUUGAAGUGCUCAAAGAGUCACUUACUGCCAAAGAACAGAGGGCUGCCAUCCUUCAGACUGAGGUAGAUGCACUGAGAUUACGACUGGAAGAAAAAGAAUCUUUCCUCAAUAAAAAAACAAAGCAGCUGCAGGACCUCACAGAAGAGAAGGGGACACUGGCUGGUGAGAUUCGUGACAUGAAAGAUAUGUUAGAAGUGAAGGAAAGAAAAAUUAAUGUUCUUCAGAAAAAGAUUGAAAACUUGCAAGAACAACUUAGGGAUAAAGACAAGCAACUGACCAACCUGAAAGACAGAGUGAAGUCCUUGCAGACAGAUUCCAGUAAUACAGACACUGCACUGGCAACGCUAGAGGAAGCUCUGUCAGAGAAGGAGAGAAUAAUUGAGCGCUUGAAAGAACAGCGAGAAAGAGAUGAUCGGGAAAGACUAGAAGAGAUAGAAUCCUUCCGAAAAGAGAACAAAGACCUGAAAGAGAAGGUCAAUGCUUUACAAGCUGAACUGACUGAAAAAGAGUCUAGUUUAAUUGACCUCAAAGAACAUGCAUCUUCAUUAGCCUCUGCAGGACUGAAAAGGGAUUCCAAAUUAAAAUCUCUAGAAAUAGCCAUUGAACAAAAGAAAGAGGAAUGUAGCAAAUUGGAAGCACAGUUAAAAAAGCAAGCUGAGCAGUUGUUCAAUCAGAUGUACAACCCAAAGUCAAUUAGGAAUAAUGGGAAACAAGGGGCACAUAAUAUUGAAGAUGACUCCAGGAUGAACCCUGAGUUCGCAGACCGAAUAAAACAGCUCGAUAAAGAGGCGUCUUACUACCGUGAUGAGUGUGGCAAGGCCCAAGCGGAAGUGGACCGGUUGCUGGAGAUUCUCAAGGAAGUGGAAAAUGAGAAGAAUGACAAAGACAAGAAGAUUGCCGAACUGGAGAGGCAUAUGAAAGAUCAGAAUAAGAAGGUGGCCAACCUCAAGCACAAUCAACAGUUGGAAAAGAAGAAGAAUGCUCAGUUAUUAGAAGAAGUCCGCAGGCGAGAAGAUAGCAUGGCUGACAACUCACAGCAUUUGCAGAUGAGGAAACUGAGACUCAGACAGUUAUCCAGUGACUGGUCUGCAGUUGUGGGUCUCAUUGAAGAUAAAGCCUUAAGGAGGUACCAAAGCCUGAGAGUUCUUCCUGUGAAGAUUAGACUAAGCCUCAGCUUUCGUACAGUGAAAAAAAAAAAUGCUUCCUCAGGCAAAAGAUUCUGAACCAGAAAUCAUGCUUCAAAAGCCACUGGGAAGUGAGACCUCUGAGGUGUGUGUUUGUGAGCAUUUAUAUCUUCUUCUGUUCUAUUUCACUCCAUAGCAAGUGCAGUGUCAUUUUCAAAGUAGAUACGGUGAAGGUAUUGCUGAAGAACCCACACACUGAAAGCAAAGGGACAGGGAGAGGAAAAAAAUUCUGACAACGCACCUUCUUACUUUUUCCAAGGUAGAAUUUAUGUAAUAACUCACACACCAGACUUGCGUAAUCCCUGGGGGCAAUCAUGUUCAACAUGCAUCAAAAGGGGCAGUUCAGUUAAACCAGCUUUCCUUGGCCAAGGUAAUUACCUCAGGUUUACCCUGAGUUAUCACUACCAGAGGUUAGUUGGAGGUGGAGGGCACCUGCAAAUCACAGUGCAUGACAUGCUGACAUCAGUAACCUCUUUCCAGCAGCUCAAAUAGAUGCUGGUAUUUUAGUACAUGACUGCCCAAGUCAGAGACCUGGGCAUGGUUAACUUUUAAAAAUGUUAACUUUGACUUAUGGCUUGUCCAAAGCAUUGCCAAGCUAUAUAUUCAAACACUCCAAAUUAAGGAAAUGACAAUCAAUGACAUAGGCAAUGAUUUAGAUAGAAGUCUUGCAAAAGGAAAAUACAACUAUUAAGUCUGUUCCUGUUCACUUAAUCGUCUCUCCUGUAAUACACAUUUGGGAAGUUGGUAACUUGAAUUUAUGACGCUUUUAAUUUCUUUUCUGCUAUUACACUUUCCCUCUAUAUCUUAUUUAUGUUACCUGGAGAAGGCCCUACAAGGUUUAAGCACUAGUAAGUUUUUCUUACUAGAAAGACUCUUAGACUUCAUUUAAUACAAGCUCCUUGUUUUGCUGAUGAAGGAAGCAGGGCCCAGUAAAGGCAAAUGCCCUGCCUAUGAUCCUAGAGGGAAUUAUUGGCAGAGGGAAGACCAGAUCCCAGGCCUUCUGCAUCUUUGCCCAGUGCCAUUUGUGCAGCCCACUGGUUCCAUAAGGUAUGACUACCUUCAGCAGGAUUUGAAUGGUUAAAAUCUUCAAACCUAUAGCUGAGACCUGUGCCCCUUAGCAUUGGAUAUUAGACUGCGCAUCUAAAAUAACAUAAAGUUAGUUACUUAUUGGGAAUAAACUAAGCUUUAUGCAUAUUUUAUAACAGGAUAUUCUAUCAUUUCCUGUGCCUAUCUUAUGUCUUUAAAACUAAAGUAACUAAAGAAAUAGUAAAUUGAUGAUGGAUAAAAUUGCUGUGAGAACAGACUACAGAGUUUAGGACUCUUUAGAUGAUACAUAAAAAUUAGCUUAAGUUAUUUAUAUCUGCCACUUUUCUCUAUCUGUAAAAGGAUGUCACCCAUAAAGAGAGUCAGGAAGUCUCUUGUAAUGGAAAACAAGUGUGGAUUGCUUAGAAAAUUCAACCAAAAGAAUGAUAGCUGCUUUUUACUGAGCAAUGAAGGAGGCCAAGGAUAAUGUCUUUGGUUGUGUUCCCUGGGAAAUUGAGACUCUGAGAUGAACAUGCAAGAAGUUUAUUGAGGGUGCUCUCAGGAAGGGAGGGAAGCAGAAUUAGGCCCAGGGAAAAGUCAGACUGUAAUGUAGGUGCAGCAAAGGCCUUAGCAGUCCCUAUCAGUUGCAAUGGCCAUUUGGAGGGCCAUUGACCCUAAUCGAGUCAAUGGAGGUAGGCAACGCCACAGGAGGGUUGUAAUCUUAGAUAAGGCAGCUCUCAGGGAAAGCACAUCCCUGGCAUUUGGAGACUGAGGGUCUUGGUUCUGAGGGGGCAUCAUGGCAGUGCACCUACAUCUACAGCAAACGUGAUGUGUUUGUUGUACCCUUUUCAUUGACACCCAUGGCAGAUACAAGCAACUGAUCCCAAGAUAAGUCUUAUCCCCCAGUUUCAUAAUUCUUUCCAAUAUAAGCAGUCAUUAAAAAGCAAUUGUAGUUACCCAAAUUGCUGUGUAUUCACAGUGAAUUAAUUAUCCCAACAAACUAAUGAGGAUGUUACUAUCUUUGAAACCAUUUUACAGAUGAGAAGAUUGAGACUUGGUAAUACUAAACAAGAGAAAGAGCCGAUCUUGUUUCUCAGGUGUCAGUCAUAAACUGACAUUUUCUCUCUCCUGAGUGGAACUGUUUCUUUGCAUGCAUUUUAUUGGCCACAGUAACUAUAGCAACAGUAAAGAUGCUGGUCAGGCCCCUCCAAAAACAGAUAGAAAAAUUAAGUGGCGCAAACUUGGUUAAGGAGACUUUGUAUUGAUUUUAUGGAAAGGGAUUAAGCUUUCGUUUAAGUAGUGAGGUAGACUUAAAUGCUUCUUAAAGGUGUAUAAGACUCUGCCUUCAGUUCAUCAAGCAGCCCCAACAAUGUUUUUUGAGGACUUUUUAUGUGCUAGGCACUGUGCAACCUAUUGAGAUGUAAUAAAAAGUAAGACAAAAUUCCUUACAUUUGAAUAUUUCAAGAUCUUUUCUUCUGACUAAAGGUGUCCUUCCCCCAGCAUGUGAUUUGCUUCUGAAAGUAAACUAGAACAUGCAUUACUGGGCUGCUGCCUGUCUUAAGGCACAAGAGCAUUUGAAAGAGGUAACAAUGAAGUUGUGGCUGCAGCUGGAGCCUUGGCUCUCAUGAGCCAGAACAGAAGCUUCUGGAAGGUCUUCUGGACCUUAGGUCAUCCAUGGGGCUCUGAGCUUCUGAGUGGGUGAGAGAUAAAUGUAUCAAGCAGGAAGUGAGGGGAUCUGGGUUUUAGUCUACGAUCAAGUGAUUUUUUUUCCCUCUACGCCUCAGUUUUCUCAUCUACAAAAGGGAGGCUUGUAUUGAAGUAAAGCCCUUCCAACUCUGAAAUCCUAGUCUGGGGAUUAAUUGAAGGGUGCACAUAGAUGGUGAUUUAAAAGCGCCUUCCAAGGGGGCAGCUCAUGGGCCAACUGGAGAGCUGCUGCCGAAAUAGAGCGUGCAGGUCAGGAGCAGGGAUAUCCUCCUGUUGGGAAUGGAGAGAAGUCAGUCUUCUUGGCUCCAUCCUGGCUUUAAAUGUAAGUCACUCUAAGGACUCUCUCUGUUUUCUAUCUGGAGUGCAGUAUCUGCCAUUUGGAGGCUUUCGUAGUGUGCACUACUACAUUUUGUUUUCUUUAGAGCAACUGGUUAUAAUAAUAAAUUCUCCACUUGCUGCUUGUUUGGUGUAAGAUAGGUUAAAACGCUGACAAUCUGAAUACAAGAUACACAGUGCAGGAACGUCUCACAAUUGAGCCACCUGGCUUACAGGCAUUUCUCAAGGGAAGGAACUAUGUGGCUUUUAAAUGUAAUUAUUUGUGAAGUAGAUUAUUAUUUUAAUAAGCUACUAUGUCAGUUGGGGUUAUUUUUCUUCUAUUUUCAGGUCAUAGUGAACUGUGGGAAAAUGGAAAAGAGACUAAUUUGACUAAAAGAAUGUUGAUGUUAUCUAGAUUCACAUUUCCCAAAACAUGUUUAUCAGAGUGAUAGUUCUAUGGGAUACUAUAAGGGAAAGGGGUUUCAUUUGCCUGUGGAAAACAAUACAUACUCUUUUACUUCAAGAGUACUGUGCAUAUUAACAUGUUAAAGGCUCUGAUGAGUCCUACAGUCAAAAGAAAUGUUUGAUGUUCUUCAGUCCAAAAUUUCUCUAAAUCACUUGACAAAAAAAGUCUUUUUCUUUCCCCCAGAACAUUUAUUAACAUUGCAAAAUAUUAGCAUUUUAUGGAACUUCGGCAAAUGCUGAUGUACACAAUUCUUACUGAUGAUAACUGACAUAUACAAUUACUUCUUUGAUUAGAGUUUGAGUUUGGAAAAAUUCUGAAGUGAUACUUUAUAAAGUAUAAUAUUGUCUUUGCUGAAUCAAAAUUUACCUAUAUUGCCUCUGCUGCUUGAUUGAAAGACAGCUCUGUUAUAGUGAUUGACCAAGAAAAUUCUACUUCUGAUGUACUUUAAAAAAAUUGUACCUCAUUAAUAAAGUUGAUAUGAAGCAAACAAAAAUGUUUAUGAAAGGUACAGUAAUAUUUUCACCUAUUAUUUCUUGAUUCCAGAAUCCAUAUUGAUUUCUAAUUACAAGCUCACAUUAUGCUGUGCUCCAAAUCUGAAUUUGACAAAUUAAAAAAAUUGAUGAAUGUUUUGGGGAAGAUGUGGAAAUUAUUCCAGGUUUAAAAUAUAAAAUUGAAAUAUUUAAAGUAUCCAUUGUUAAUUGUCACUUGGAUGCAAUUUUACCCUUUUUUCUGCUAAAUGUAAAAUAUAGUACUCUAGGCUCAUGUUAUGCUGUCAAAGUCAAUCAUGCAGACUGAAAAUGCAGCACAGAGCGUCCCUGUGUCAUUACCAGCAGACUUGUUUCUAUUUUGGUUGUACUUUCUUGGCUGUGAAAGGAUCCUUAUAAGAAAUUAGAAAACCACACAUUUAAAAAUGUUAACAGCCGGCUGGGCGCGGUGGCUCAAGCCUGUAAUCCCAGCACUUUGGGAGGCCGAGGCGGGUGGAUCACGAGGUCAAGAGAUCGAGACCAUCCUGGUCAACAUGGUGAAACCCCAUCCCUACUAAAAAUACAAAAAAUUAGCUGGGCAUAGUGGCGCAUGCCUGUAAUCCCAGCUACUCAGGAGACUAAGGCAGGAGAAUUGCCUGAACCCAGGAGGCGGAGGUUGUAGUGAGCCGAGAUCGCGCCAUUGCACCCCAGCCUGGGUAACAAGAGCGAAACUCCGUCUCAAAAAAAAAAACCAAAAAUUAGCUGGGCGUGGUGGCGGGUACAAGUAAUCCCAGCUACUCAAGAGGCUGAGGCAGGAGAAUUGCUUUAACCCAGGAGGCGGAGGUUGCAGUGAGCCAAGAUUGCGCUAUUGCACUCCAGCCUGGGUAACAAGAGUGAAACUCCGUCUCAAAAAAACAACAACAAAAAAAUGUUAACAGUUAAACAAUAUAACCUUGAAUGUAUGUCUCCUAGUUGCUCAAGUCUGUUCAGACAUGGGCCUGUGAUUUCUGAAUAAACUGCACCUCUCUUAACCUGACUUAAUGAUGGCUUUACCCUUUUACUCAUCUUGCAAAGUUAUUUUCCUCCUACUCAAAAUGACGAAUUAAGGUCAUUCUUGACUAUUGCUUGGUUCUUUAGAAUAAAGUUUUGCUUCAUAGGAAUGACCACGUGUAUGUUAGAAUCCAAUGAUUGAGAGCAGAGUAGUAGUUAGAAUGAGAUCAUAGCUAUGAAGUCCAGGAGAUACAUGGCAGUUGAGGGAGGACAUUCUUUUCUGUAAUGUUUUUAAUUCUCAAAGCUUAUUUUUACCAUAUAAAAAUAAGGACAUAGCUCUAUAUUUUAAAUGCUUCUGAAAUGAAAGUUUUGUUCAUCUACUCAUUCGUUCCACAGCCAUCAUGUUGGACUCUGAAUGAACCUCAUGGCUUUUCGAAGCUAGGUUCUUGCUUCUCUCUCAUGCCCUGUCUAAUGGACAGAACCAUGAAGACAUAAUCAUAAGACAUACUAGAGGAAAUGGUGGAUAUAGGGCCCAAAGGGAUUUUUUGGUAGGUUGCAUUAAGCAGCCAAGUUUAAAAGAUAAACCUUCUAAGCAAAGGCAGCUUGAGUUUUUCCACCCAAGUUACCUCCUGCAGCAUUGCUAGGGCUCCCUACAUGUGUUUCUAGGCUGAAGGCUGGGCCUCUAUCCCUGGGUCUGAUGACCAUUUCUUCUUAUCAUUUAUGAGUCAGUAAAUAUAAUCUCAUGUACCCAAACAUAAGCCACUCCAAAUAUAAAAUCAU